AUGAAAUCCUUAAUCUUGAUUGCCCUCAUUGCUGUAGCCUUUACAGCUAGAGUUUAAGAGAGAAACAUGGCUAAAGUCUAAGCUGAUUUAGCUAAAAGUACAUAUGGAAAGGCAUUACUUCAUUUGGUUGAGUUACACUCAAUGGCAGGUGGACCAGUUUAAGAGUUAAUCGAUGCUAUCGAAGAACUCAUUAAUGACUUAGAAGAAGAAUUAGAAACAUUAGAAUUCAAUUUCUAAGUGAGAACAAACGAACAUAAUGCACUUGUUGUCUCUCUUGAAUAAGACAUCCAAGAUGCAGUUAUUGGUAUUUCAAAAAUCUAUGUAUAGAUGUCAACAACACAUAAGACACUCUUGAUAAUUUACUUUAUCCAAGAAGAAAUCAAAUCUAAAGCAAAAUUGAUACCGUUAUUGGAUACUAAGAAGAGAAUAGAAAGAACUAUGAUGAAGCAGUCCUUGUUAGAGAAUAAGAGCAUGAAGCAUUUGAAGCCUAAGUUGCUGAAUUAAAUGAUGCAACUGCUUCAGUUGACGAUGCACUUGCUUUACUUUCUUCAUUGACAAAUCCAUCAUUGUUGUAAAUCAAAAGAUUCUAAAAUACUUUGAAAAAUAUUGAAAAUAAAUUAAGAUCAAGAUCUAGAAUGGCCCCAAUGAUCAAGGCUCUCAUUAGUUUAGCUUCCAAUCAAAACUUUUCAAAUUAAGAUGUUUUGAAAUCCAUUGUUGAUGCUCUUAAUGAUUUCAGAAAUGCUGUAGUUGAUCAAAUCAAUGAUUUAACAGCCUAAGAAGCUCAAGAUGUUGCUGAUCAUGAAGAUUAUCUUGAAUAAUUGGAUUCUGAAUUUGCAGAAUUUGGAAGAUAAAUUGACAGAGCAACUGUAGACUUGACUGCAACCAAUGGUAUUAAUUAAUAUUAUAUAUUUUAUAGAAAAGAUUGACUCAAUGGUUGAAUUCAGAGAUUAAAGAGCAGCUGAUUAAAAAUAAUACACUGCUGAAUUAGAAUUGGAAAAUAACACUUAUGCUGAAGAAACCGAUAUUUACACCAAUACCAAGAAUGAAUUCACUAGAGAAUUGGGAGUCAGUGAAUAGGCUUUAGCACUUGUUUAAAGUGUUGAUUUCUCAAACAUCUAGGUUUGAUAUUAAUAAAAUAUACACAUCAAUUAUUACAAUCGUAUAAUUAUAUUUAUAUAUAAAGAGAUUAUAUUUUUAAUAAAUGAUAUAUAAAUACAGUAAUAAGAUAUAUAUUUUAUAAUAAUAAUCAAUCAAACAUUAAGUUAUUAUNAAUUCAAUUUCUAAGUGAGAACAAACGAACAUAAUGCACUUGUUGUCUCUCUUGAAUAAGACAUCCAAGAUGCAGUUAUUGGUAUUUCAAAAAUCUAUGUAUAGAUGUCAACAACACAUAAGACACUCUUGAUAAUUUACUUUAUCCAAGAAGAAAUCAAAUCUAAAGCAAAAUUGAUACCGUUAUUGGAUACUAAGAAGAGAAUAGAAAGAACUAUGAUGAAGCAGUCCUUGUUAGAGAAUAAGAGCAUGAAGCAUUUGAAGCCUAAGUUGCUGAAUUAAAUGAUGCAACUGCUUCAGUUGACGAUGCACUUGCUUUACUUUCUUCAUUGACAAAUCCAUCAUUGUUGUAAAUCAAAAGAUUCUAAAAUACUUUGAAAAAUAUUGAAAAUAAAUUAAGAUCAAGAUCUAGAAUGGCCCCAAUGAUCAAGGCUCUCAUUAGUUUAGCUUCCAAUCAAAACUUUUCAAAUUAAGAUGUUUUGAAAUCCAUUGUUGAUGCUCUUAAUGAUUUCAGAAAUGCUGUAGUUGAUCAAAUCAAUGAUUUAACAGCCUAAGAAGCUCAAGAUGUUGCUGAUCAUGAAGAUUAUCUUGAAUAAUUGGAUUCUGAAUUUGCAGAAUUUGGAAGAUAAAUUGACAGAGCAACUGUAGACUUGACUGCAACCAAUGGUAUUAAUUAAUAUUAUAUAUUUUAUAGAAAAGAUUGACUCAAUGGUUGAAUUCAGAGACUAAAGAGCAGCUGAUUAAAAAUAAUACACUGCUGAAUUAGAAUUGGAAAAUAACACUUAUGCUGAAGAAACCGAUAUUUACACCAAUACCAAGAAUGAAUUCACUAGAGAAUUGGGAGUCAGUGAAUAGGCUUUAGCACUUGUUUAAAGUGUUGAUUUCUCAAACAUCUAGGUUUGAUA